CUUGUCAGGACUCUGAGAUCGGGUCUCGAGGUUGCCCUUACAACAACAGUACAAUCACCAAUAUUUGGUUGUCUGGCCGCUUCUUUGAGCGCCUUUGCACAUGAACCAGAGCCCGAUGGAGGCCUUUGCUUGCCUUUUCUUCUUCUUACAUGACUUGUCCCCUUCCAAUGUCAACGCACUUAUUGAUUCUUACAUGCCAACAUCGCCCAAUGACUCUGACAAAGAAUCAGCACGACCUACAAGCUCCGAUGAUGAGGUUCCCUCUCUCAUCUCUAUCGGAUUGUGGCCUUUGUUGCACAAUGAAGAUUCUCCCCCUCUGUAUAGCAACGAGAAUUACACAGGAUCCAACAAAGACUUGGAUAUGCUGCACGUCUAGAGCAAUGAUAUGAUUUCUGAUGACAUUCUCAUGACAUUUCAUGUAAUUGAUAAUCUCCCGGGAGUCUCCCAUUCCAUUCACAUACUCUG